UGAGGCAGGCGGGCGGCGAGCCCAGGCUGCCGGGGCCCGAUUCCCCCCCACAAUAUACCGGAGCGGGCAGGACCCAGAGCCCUAUUGCCCUGGUGUGUUCAGCAGUGGGGGAGGGGCGGAUAAAUACCCAGCUAGGCAGAGCCCCUCCAGUCCCCCCCCGGACACGCCGUUCUCGGGAGGGGAGAGAUUCUGCCACCGACACCAGCAGCUCUGGGGCGGGAGCCGCCCCGCUCAGGGGCUCCCGCGGGUGCAGCCUUUCAGCCGGGGCGCGGGUUCGAUUCCCGGGGGCCAAACUCUGAACGCGGCCCCUCGAGGCUCACUGAGGCGAUUGCAGGGCCUUUGUCUUGCAACUUAAACAAGAUGAAACAGAGCCCAUCUUCCAGCGGUAGCACUGGCCGGGCCUCCCUGCUGCCCGUUAGAGUUCAGGAUGCAAGCAGAGCCGGUCUAUACACACCUCAAGCAACAGAACUAUCGAAGCUGAACAUAUCUAAGUACACUGGUGGCUCUGACGGAAAAAUCAACUUCUCUGUGAGAAGGACAAGUGGUUCUGGAGCAUUGCGAAAUACUCCAUGGGGCUUUAUUGCUGGUACAGAAAAGUUAAAGGAUCUCAGGCCACUUCAUGACAAGACUUACAUCCAGCAGUGCAUCUGACAGCUCUGUGAGUUUCUUGUGGAGAAUGGCUAUGCCCAGAAUGUGUCUGUGAAAUCUCUCCAAACUCCAUCUACUAAGGACUUUUGCAGGAUUUUUGCUUUUAUAUAUGUUUUUUUGUGCCCUUCUUAUGAACUUCCUGAUUCUAAAAUUGAAGAGGAGAUCCCAAAAGUCUUUAAAGAACUUGGGUAUCCCUUUCCAUGGCCAAAAAGCUCCAUGUACACCAUGGGUGCACCGCAUGUCUGGCCUCAGGUUGCCGCUGCACUAGUGUGGUUAAUAGACUGCAUCAAGAUCUACAGUGUCAUGAGAGAUAACUCAGAUGUGCUUGUCGAUACUCAGUGCUGGUCAGGAGAGGCUAAAGAUGAAAUUGUAGUUAAUAAGCUACUUAUGGAGUACACUGAAAAGUGUUAUGAUCAUUUCAUGAAUGGAGGAGAUGCUUUUGAAGAGAUGGAUGCAGAACUACAGGCAAAACUAAACGAAGUGUUUAAAGUAGACCAUUCCAAAGUGAAGACCUUAGAAGCAGAGAACAAAAGGUUGAAUGAAGAGAUUGCAAGGCUAGAGAGAGAGAAGGAAAGCAAGCCAGAUCGUCUAGAAAUGCUGAGGAAGCUGAAAGCUUCGCUGCAAGCUGAUGUUGAAAAAUAUCAGGCUUACAUGACCAAUCUGGAAUCUCAUUCAGCUGUCCUGGAUCAGAAACUACAUAGCCUCACUGAGGCGUGUGAGGCAUCAGAAUUGGAAGCUGAAAUGAUGAAGCAGGAAAAUGCCCGGCUGCAGCACACUGUUGAUAAUCAGCUGUACACAGCUGUAGACAUCGAGAGAAUAAACCAUGAGAAAGAUGAGCUUCAGCAAACUAUCAACAAGCUUACCAAGGAGCUAGAGACGGAGAGGCAGCAGCUAUGGGCUGAGGAGCUAAAAUAUGCAAGAGGCAAAGAGUCGGUGGCUGAAGAAGAAGAAGAAAAAAGUGCAGCUGAACUGCAAGCUCUAGAGAUACAUAAAAACCUAAUUGAGACUGGAGUCAAUGAGGGCCUCAAUGAAGCUAUGAAUGAGCUACAUGAAAUUCAGAAGAAGCACCAGAUUGCUGUGAGGACAACAAAUGAAGAGAAAAUGCAAAUGCUUGAUAAAUUGUACCAUGUCUUGGAGAUCGUGGCUUUUCAUGUAGGGUCUGAAGAGAAAUACCUGGCUGAGCAAAAUGAAAAAGCUGAUAUGGUGUUUGAAGAAUUUAUGUCUGAAGAUCUCUUGGACAACGGGAAACAAAUCCUAGCCAACUAUAAAAGUAAAGCUGAUGCUCUAUAACCCUUGCAUGGAGGACUUCACCUAGGCAUUUUUUCUGUAGCACAACUGUAAUGUGGUCCAGUCCUACAUUCCUUCCACAAAGUCCCAAGGAAGUCAAUCCAAUGAUAUUUACAUAUGUACAAGGACUACAGGAUCUGGUCCAUACUGUGCUGUCUCUAAGUAUAUAUUUAUUAAAUUCUUACAAAUGUAAACUAUGUAUUUAAAAAUGAAUCAGUCAAAGGUAUUUUGUAAAGAUUUUUGCUAGCAGUUGGUGUAGUGGGUUUUUUUUUUUUAAGAACCUUGGGUUUUGCAGGCAGAUGUAUAUCAAGCUCUAGGAUUUAAGACACACUUUGCAGAAGUGUCCAUUAAUUUUGGAUGCUCAGCUUGGAAGACCCCAGAGCAUGCAGCACUCAAAACUAAGUGGAUGCUUCUGAAAAAUGUUUGCUAGCAUGCUGAAACUAUUCACCAAGAACGGAUAUUGAGCUAUAACAUGUGGCGCACACUUUGCCCCUGAGAGCUGUACCAUCUGGGACAGCACAUCUGCUGUUAUGAUACUGAGCACUUCUAACAAUGGUUAUAUAUUGAAUCAGAUCCUUCAAGCAGAACAAAGGGAGAGUCAGGGCUAUAACGCCUAACUACUCUGAUCGAUCUCUCUUGCUUCCAGCACAUAGGAAUGAGCGUACUGCAUUAGGCUACUGUUCCAGCAACUCCCAGUCUCGAGGAAUGGCUACUAUCACGUAGUAGGAUUAACAUCUAAUAACAGUGAAUUCCUGAGGUCAACUAGGUUGGGUAAAAAGCAUUUCCUUUUAUGAGCAGACAUAAACUAGACCACGCAGCCUCUUAAUCUACACUUAAGUCACAUGUAGAGUACAGGCACAGCAUGCCCAGCUUACACUGGUAUUAACAGCACUGCUUAGGUGAACAGAGUGCCCUACACACUGGAACCCCCAGGAGUACCUCCUUGUUCUACAGAGCUAUUUUUAGCAGUGUAACAUCCUCCUACUCAAGCCUUCCCCUGCCCCCAUGAAAAGCUCCAGCCACUUCCCACUCUUGAAAACUUUUGCCAUGGCAUACAGCUAGCCACUGCCGUGACAAGUGUGAACAGAGCCUGUACUCUCCACACACCAUCAGUGUAAACAGAGCUUAAGAAUGGGCAAUCUUCAGGGAAGAAAAUCUUACCCAUCAGUAAAAAGAAAAGGAGUACUUGUGGCACCA